AUGGAAAUGACUGCGGAGGAAGCCCUUGUGCAAGCAAGAGAUGCUUGGCACUACAUUUCCAAGAAUCUCGAUGAAGUCCUGCGGAAUGAGGAGGCUUUUUACGAUGUUGAGAACAUCGCUGGGCAUCCAAACGCCCGCAUCUCGAUCAUGGCCCUCAAGGACAUGCGCGAAAAAGCCGAGGCAUAUCUGAGGGAGACGCUUUGCGAGUUGGACGAUUUUAUCAGUUUGUAUGCGAAUGAGUAUCAUUGGGAGGACAUGCUGCGAGAAGCCAAACAUGGAACCCGCGAAUUGAUCAAGAGGCUGGAUGCCGCCAUCGCGUUCCGGAUGGCGACCAAGGAUCAGGAACAAGCGGCCCUGAAUGAGCAGCUGUCUUCCGGGCUCGUCAAUCUGAGGAUCGGGAUGAAGCGUCCGGCCUCGUGGUGCUUUCCGCAACAG